UCCAGACUACUGGAAAGCUACAGGCAGGUGAGCUUGAUCAACGUUGGAAUUGAUCUCCUUGGAUUUUUUAGGAACCCAUUUUACACAGAGUUUGCUACUGCAGCAACACGUGUUGGUUUAGCUUUGUGUGCUUCUUCUGACGCACAAAUUCAGGGCCUUUUCCAGCAGAGUUUGUUGUGAGAUCACAGGUCGGGAGGAUGACCGCUCGAGUGGAUUUCUCGUUGAUUGCUGCUUUGUUGUAUCUGUUCGGAUACUUGAGCAUCGCUCAUGCUAUUCAAAGACGUAACACAGUGGAUGGUUUUUGUCCGGCGACGCUGACGUUCGUGCCGGCCCGUCGAGGAUGUUCUUCUGAUGAAGACUGCCCUGGAGGACACAAAUGCUGUCGAUUUGACUGUGGGCCUGUUUGUGUGCUGCCUGUUUUCAUGAAGCCGGGUCAGUGUCCCUUACCAGAGAUGAUCCCACUGUGUGCUGAAAGCUGUUUCCAUGAUGGCCAGUGUCCUGCCACACAGAAGUGUUGCCCAACCACCGGUGGCUUUGCAUGCAGCGAACCACGUGGUCAGGGAAGAGGUCAGAUGAGCUGUCAGGGACAUGGACCGGUUCGUGGACAGGGCCAGGGAAGCGGCCAGGGCCAGGGACAGGGCCAGGGAAGCGGUCAGGGCCAGGGACAAGGCCAGGGUCAGGGACAAGGCCAGGGACAAGGCCAGGGACAGGGACAAGGCCAAGGACAAGGCCAGGGACAGGGCCAGGGAAGCGGCCAGGGCCAGGGACAAGGCCAGGGUCAGGGACAAGGCCAGGGUCAGGGACAAGGCCAGGGAAGCGGCCAGGGUCAGGGACAAGGACAGGGACAAGGCCAGGGUCAGGGCCAAGGACAGGGACAAGGCCAGGGUCAGGGCCAAGGACAGGGACAAGGCCAAGGUCAAGGUCAAGGUCAGGGACAAGGACAGGGCCAGGGAAGCGGCCAGGGACAGGGCCAGGGAAGCGGUCAGGGACAGGGCCAGGGAAGCGGCCAGGGACAAGGCCAGGGAAGCGGUCAGGGCCAGGGAAGCGGACAAGGCCAGGGAAGCGGUCAGGGCCAGGGAAGCGGACAAGGCCAGGGACAGGGCCAGGGAAGCGGUCAGGGACAGGGCCAGGGAAGCGGUCAGGGACAAGGCCAGGGACAAGUCCAGGGAAGCGGUCAGGGACAAGGUCAGGGACAAGGCCAGGGUCAGGGAAGCGGUCAGGGACAAGGCCAGGGUCAGGGACAGGGACAAGGCCAGGGAAGCGGUCAGGGACAAGGCCAGGGAAGCGGUCAGGGACAAGGCCAAGGAAGCGGUCAGGGCCAAGGCCAGGGUCAGGGCCAAGGACAGGGACAAGGCCAGGGUCAGGGCCAAGGACAGGGCCAAGGACAGGGACAAGGCCAAGGACAGGGACAAGGCCAAGGUCAAGGACAAGGCCAGGGAAGCGGUCAGGGCCAAGGCCAGGGUCAGGGACAAGGCCAGGGCCAAGGCCAAGGACAGGGACAAGGCCAAGGACAAGGCCAGGGACAGGGCCAGGGAAGCGGUCAGGGCCAGGGACAAGGCCAGGGUCAGGGACAAGGCCAGGGACAAGGCCAGGGUCAGGGACAAGGCCAGGGAAGCGGCCAGGGUCAGGGCCAAGGACAGGGACAAGGCCAGGGUCAGGGCCAAGGACAGGGACAAGGCCAGGGUCAGGGCCAAGGACAGGGACAAGGCCAAGGUCAAGGUCAAGGUCAGGGACAAGGACAGGGCCAGGGAAGCGGACAGGGUCAGGGACAGGGCCAGGGAAGCGGUCAGGGACAGGGCCAGGGAAGCGGUCAGGGACAGGGCCAGGGAAGCGGUCAGGGACAGGGAAGCGGUCAGGGACAAGGUCAGGGACAGGGCCAGGGAAGCGGUCAGGGACAAGGUCAGGGACAGGGCCAGGGAAGCGGUCAGGGACAAGGUCAGGGACAGGGCCAGGGAAGUGGUCAGGGACAGGGCCAGGGUCAGGGACAGGGACAAGGUCAGGGAAGCGGUCAGGGACAAGGCCAGGGUCAGGGACAGGGACAAGGUCAGGGAAGCGGACAGGGUCAGGGAAGCUGUCAAGGCCAGGUACAGGGACAUGGAAGUGGAAGAGGUCAGGGAAGAAGUCAACAGAAGGGUCAGGGAUGUGGUCAUUGAAGUGGACAUGGGACUUUUGCUUAAUGCUUACUGGAGAUCUUUUCAAUUCAGUGUUAAUCCUAUGGCAUGGUUUCCUUGUUUGCUCAACUGUUUUGAAAGCUUUUCGGUCUGCUCCACCUCAAAUAAAGAAUUGCUUGAUUUGAA